GAUCUCAUAGUUUUAGGAAUGAAUUAAAAAUUAUCAAAACAAAAUUCAAAUAAAUUCGAAAAAAUUAAAACAUGUACCUUCCAAGCAAACGUAAUAUUUUACAUGUUAGACGUUCUAUUGUGAUAGUGUUUUCGCAUGUAUGUGCAUAUAUCAAUAAGGGCUAAUAAAUGUUAAUUAAUAAACCGUUGUGAGUUAGUUGUUUAAAUGAUAAAAAGGUCAAAGAGCAGCAGACUGUUAAUAGUCAAUAUGAUAAACGAAAGUCACGGUUUCAAUUCAAAGUAUUGAUUGUCGGUUUAUUAUUAGUUAGAGCAUUCGACAGCUUCUGUUACCUACCGUGUAGGAAUAAGAUACGCCAUUAAUAAUGAGUUUAUUUUAUUUUUUUAUAUUAACAAUAAUCUUGUUCAUAGUGAGUGGAAACUGUUUUAUAAAUGUGUAUCCCAAAAUAAAACAAGAAAAUUAUAUUGGCGAUCCUGGUCAGCCAUUAAUACUAACACCGUUAAUUGAACAAAAUAAAAUUGCAGAAGCUCAAAAUGCCUCGCAAGUUCAUUUCAAUGGAUUCAAGAAUAUUACAAGCUAUGCGGGGUAUUUUACUGUGAAUAAACAAUUUAAUUCGAAUAUGUUUUUUUGGUUUUUCCCAUCACUUAAUAAUUAUAAAGAAGAUCCAGUGAUUUUAUGGCUUCAAGGAGGUCCUGGUGCAACAUCUAUUAUAGGAUUAUUUGCAGAAAAUGGACCUUUUGCAGCCAAAAGCAAACAUGGUUUAAAGCUUCGUAGAUAUACGUGGACUAGCAUUCAUUCUGUUAUAUACAUCGAUAAUCCUGUAGGAACAGGUUACAGUUUUACUAAUGGCGGAUAUGCAAAAAAUGAAACUGCAGUAGGAAACGAUUUAUAUGAAGCUCUUGUGCAAUUUUUCAAAUUAUUUCCGGAACUUCAAAAAAAUAAAUUUUUUAUUGCUGGUGAAUCGUAUGCUGGAAAGUAUGUUCCUGCCAUAGGAUACACAAUUCAUAAAAAUAAUCCCACAGCAAAAAUCAAAAUAAAUUUAAGUGGAUUAAGUAUUGGAAAUGGCUUGUGUGAUCCUGAAAAUCAGAUUUAUUACGACGAUUAUUUAUAUCAGUUGGGAUUAAUCGAUUUGAAUAGUAAAAGUCAGUUGAGAAAAAUAGAAGAACAAGGUGUUAAUUACAUAAAAAAUAAGAAAUGGGAUUUAGCGUUUAAGACAUUCGAUGAUUUGCUUAACGGAGAUCUUAGUGGUCAUCCAUCUUUAUUUAAAAACAUAACCGGAUUUGAUAAUUACUUCAACUAUCUUAUCGCAAAUAAUACAAACAAUGAAAUCACUUAUAUGGGGAGGUACAUACAACGAGCUGAUGUUAGAGCAGCUAUCCAUGUAGGGAAUACCACAUUUAAUGACGAAGAUAAAACGGUGGAGACAAAUCUCGUGGAAGAUAUGAUGCAGUCAGUAGCACCAUGGAUAAUUGAAUUAUUAAAUCAUUAUCAGAUUCUUUUUUACAACGGCCAGCUGGAUAUUAUAGUAGCUUAUCCAUUGACAAUAAACUUUUUGCAAAAUUUAAAGUUCAGCGGAGCAGAGGCAUAUAAAACCGCAAAAAGGCAUCAAUGGUUUGUUGACGGUGAACUCGCCGGAUAUGAAAAACAUGCAGGAAAUUUAACGGAAGUUUUAGUUAGAAACGCUGGCCACAUGGUACCAGCGGAUCAAGCCAAAUGGGCAUUGGAUUUAAUCACAAGAUUUACUCAUCAUAAAGUGUAAAAAAAAAAAA